UUAUCGGCAACGCAGCUCUCAAAGCCAGCAAUGUCCGCUGCAUUUCCCUCUGUGUUGAGGAAGCCGCCAGCUCCGAGCGCAUUCUAUGCUCCUUCCGACCUCUCGUCAGCCUCUCUCAUCCACCAGAUCAUCACGGUCGCCGGCGACCUCUUAACCACCUAUUCAAAUCGCCGCCGGUGGCCGCUGCACCAGCACCAGAAUGCCCGUUCCCUGCUUCGCCGGAUUCAAGUCCUUCUCACACUUUUCGAAUUCCUCCUCGAGUCUGAGCGACCGAUCCCUCGCUUAGCAAAGCUAUGCUUGCAUGAAUUUUACAUCAUCGUCCACCGCGCUAGGUUUCUGCUUGAUUACUUCUUUCACUCGAGUCGCCUUUGGUUGCUCCUCCACACUCAGAUGAUUUCCUGCCACUUUCAUGAACUUGAGCAUGAAAUCUCCAUUUUGCUCGACGUUCUUCCCCUGAACGAGCUCUGCCUUUCAGCCGACGUACUGGAGCACGUCGAGCUCGUCGGGCGGCAGGUUAAGAAUUCCAGGUUUUGUAUUGAUGUUAGAGUUGAAGAACUCCGUGUUAAGAUAUUGUCUUUUUUGAGUGAAUUUGAGGAACAGCGGCUGCCGGAUCUGGCUGAGUUAAAAAUCACAUUUUUAGACCGUAUUGGGAUUCUGGAUGCCCGGAAUUUCGACUCUGAGAUCAAAUUUUUAGAAGAGCAAAUCUACAACAGCCAUGAGUCCGAAGCUGAGGCGGAUUCCGCCACCAUUGCAGGCGUUAUUGCCGUAGCUCGCUAUGCUAAACUUCUUCUCUUCGGUAUCCAUGAAGCAGGGAAAGACAAGCGGAAACUGGGGACAAAGCCAGCAGUGAAUUGUAUCUCGAUCCCAAACGAUUUCUGCUGCCCUAUUUCACUCGAGCUAAUGUCAGAUCCAGUGGUGGUUUCCACCGGCCAGACCUACGAUCGCAAUUCUAUAGCGCAAUGGAUAUCCGCGGGUCACAAGAAUUGCCCCAACUCCGGGCAGACUCUCGUCAACAGCGAGCUCAUCCCAAACCAACCUAUGCGCAUCCUAAUUUCCCAAUGGUGCGCAUUUAACAGCGUCCCAUGUUCGGGACAUGGGAUCAGUAGUCGUGUAGCCGCUGCCGCCGCCUCCAAAGCGACGAUGGAAGCCACCCGCGCUAUUUCAAGAAUCCUGAUACAGUAUUUAUCCAAUGGAGACUUUGAUUCGAAGAAAGCCGCUGCCGGGGAACUCCGGUUGCUGGCCAAAAUUGGGAAGCUGAACAGAGUAAUUAUUGCAGAAGAAGGAGCAAUUCCUCUCCUCUCCCUUCUCCUCAACUCUGGGAGCCCAAUCGCUCAGGCGAACGCCGUCGGUGCCCUGCUUAAUCUCUCUAUCCACGACGCGAACAAGCGAAAGAUUAUAAUCCAAGAAGGCUGUCUGGCCUCAAUUGUAACCGUUUUACGCAGCGGGUUAACGCCGGAAUCAAGAGAAAACGCGGCGGCGGCGCUCGUCAGUCUCUCUACUUUGCACGAAUACAAGAAACUUAUCGUGGACGAACCCGGCGGCGCUGAGGCACUUGGAUGGUUGUUGAAAUACGGAAGCACGGCGGGAAAAAAGGAUGCUGUAAGGGCUCUGUUCAACUUGUCAAUGCACCCGGAGAGUUGGGAGCGGAUGGUUAAUUCUAGUGCGGUGGGGGCGCUUGUGGGUGCGCUUGAGGAGGAGAAGGUAGCAGAGGCAGCGGCAGGGGCGCGCGGCGGCCAACGGUGGCAGGUUUGGUGGGUUGGGAAGAGAAGGCAAUCAUGGGGCUUGUGGGGGUGA